AAAAGAUUCUACUGUAUACUUUCUGGGUGAGGAACUCCAUGUUCAAGCAGAUAUCAGAAAAGGAAACCACUUGCCGCUCCGCCUGUUUAUUGAUACCUGCGUGGUCACUUCAAAACCUGAUGGAGAUUCUGAUCCACAAUAUAAAAUCCUCGACUUCCAUGGAUGCAUGAUAGAAAGAAAUUCUCAUGAUGUAGGACCAUCCUUCAUAAGUCCAAGGCUUCGGUUAGAAACACUCCAGUUUACCAUACCGGCAUCCCAAAUUGCCAGAGAUGAAAGAAGCUUGAUCUACAUGGCAUGCCAUCUGAAAGUCACUGCAGCUGCCCAGGAGCCAGAUUUCUUAAAUAAAGCUUGCUCAUUCAACAGAGAAAGAAAGAUUUGGUUACCUAUAGAGGGUUCCAUGGAAAUCUGUAACUGCUGUGAGACUAGGGGCUGUGGUUCUCCUGGAAAGCACACAUCAAGUGAUACUAGCAAUCUUCAUGUGCCCAACCAAAGGAAACAAAUGUCUCCUGCUGUAGUUGACAUCUCUGAAGGAGAAAUGGAAGCUGAUCUUAUGGUGGGUCCUGUCUUAAUCUGGAAGGUUGCUGGGAAUCAUGAGAGAGAUCAAGUAGGAGUAGAGGAAGAGAUUCUGGCAGAAGACCAAGAAGCUAGUGAAUUUCCUGUGAUAGAAGCGGAUGCCGAUUAUGAAGUUGGACGUGAGUUUAUCGUCAGGGCUGAUAAAGAAAUACAUUGGAUUCUCCUCCCAAAUAAAACUAUGAAAGGCAAGUGA